UGUCGAGCGAGCGUGGCUGCCUUGAAACGGAUACACUUUUCAGCUGCCGACACACUCACAGCACUGACAACUCUCCGCCGUUUCACGCUCUAACAGCUAUUGUGAAGAAGUACCAGCAGAGGGUCUCCAAUGCCACACACUGGACAAGCAGGUGUGAACCAAUUGGGAGGUGUGUUCGUGAAUGGGCGUCCGCUGCCCGACUGCGUGCGAAGGCGCAUCGUCGAGUUGGCGCUGAUGGGCGUCAGGCCAUGCGACAUUUCGCGUCAGCUGCUCGUCUCCCACGGCUGCGUCUCCAAAAUACUCACCCGCUUCUACGAGACAGGCUCCAUCAGGCCUGGCAGCAUUGGAGGCAGCAAGACCAAGUCAUCGAACUAA